AUGAACCAAACCCUUGAAUUUAUAGAUAUUCUCUUAAACCAAAUGAUUCCUUUAAAGGAUACCAGUUCAACAUUAUCAACUUCCUCGCAGAGUAAAAAGAAAACAUUUUUGAACUAUUUCCGUAAACAAAGUGACACUCAAGCAUAUAGUUUAGAUAAUAACUCUGAUUCAUCUAAAAAGAAAUUAAAACAAGUAGACAGUUAUGAGCAACAUGAAUUAAAUGCGGAAACAUCUUCAAACGGAUCUACAUCAUUACCAGUAUCACCCUCUAGAUUUCCUGAAAAUGCUACUGGUUUAUUGAGUUUAGAAAAUUUACCAGCACGUUUACAAGAUGAUGAGUGUUUUCAUGGUGUAUUGCCACGCGAGGAAGUGCAAAGACUUUUAGUUAAUAAUGGUGAUUAUUUGAUACGCGAAAGUAAGAAUAAAAAGACUAAUGAAGUACAACAUGUGUUAUCUGUGUUUUGGGAGGGUCAUAAACAUUUCAUAAUACAAGGCACUGAGGGUGCAUGGCGAUUUGAAGGACAGGCUUUUAGAACGAUAUCAGAGUUAAUAAGAUAUCAACAUAGUAUUGCUACUCCUGUAACGACUAAAUCGCAAGCUAUUUUACGUAAUCCUAUUAAACGUGAAGCAUGGGAACUUGUUAAUGAUGAUAUUCAAUUAGAAAUGAAAAUAGGCAAUGGUAAUUUCGGAGAGGUUUAUAAAGGUAUAUUUCGUGGGGAUCAUGUUGUGGCUGUUAAAACCUGUAAAGACACAUUGUCAGAAGAUCAGCGGAAAAAGUUUUUACAAGAAGGCCGAAUAUUAAAACAAUAUGAUCAUCCAAAUAUUGUAGAGUUUAUAGGAAUAGCUGCCUCAAGACAACCUGUCAUGAUUGUUAUGGAAUUUGUUUCAGGUGGUGCAUUACUUACAUUCUUACGUAAACAAGGAAAAUCUCAAUCAAUAAACAAGAAACAGUUAAUUAAAAUGUGUGUUGAUGCUGCUUGUGGUAUGGCUUACCUCGAGAGUAAAGGUUGUAUUCACAGGGAUUUGGCGGCCAGAAAUUGUUUAGUGGGAGAUCAGAAUAUAGUAAAGAUAUCUGAUUUUGGAAUGUCUAGAGAAGAAGGGGAGUACCAUGUAUCUCAAGGAAUGAAACAAAUUCCAAUAAAAUGGACAGCACCCGAAGCUCUUAAUUUCGGUAUAUAUACAACAUUAUGUGAUAUCUGGAGUUACAGUAUUUUAAUGUGGGAAAUAUUUUCAUUUGGUGUAACACCUUACACUGGUUCAACUAAUGCACAAGCUAGAGAAAAAAUAGAAGAAGGUUAUCGAAUGCCGGCGCCAGCAGGAACACCAGAUGAAGUAUAUGAAAUCAUGAAAAGAUGUUGGGAAUAUGAACCUGAAAAACGGCCGCAUUUCAAGGAGAUUUAUAGCACGUUAUCUGCCAUAUGGAAGAAAUACUGAUGAAGAUAAACUAACCAAAGUUCCAUUCAUUUUUAUCUUUUUAUAUACAGUGCUUUAAAUCUUUCCAAUAUUCAUUAUACAAAAACUCUUUGAAUUUGUGUCAAAUUGUUGCCCCAUGUUAUUGUUUAAAAUAAAACAAGUUGUUAAUUUAUAUGUUUAACCACAUUUAAUUCAUUAUCAGGAACAAAAAAUAUUCUAAUUACUUUGUAUAUAACUAGGUACCAAGUUCCUCCAUGUACCACUAAAUCAUAAUGCAUAGCCAUCUCAGCAUCUCAACAUUAAACAUUCGUAUUGAAGCUGUUAUUACAACCAAUCGACAUGCUUUCCUAGAGAAAAAGACUUCUGUAAAACAAGAAAUUAAUGCAUCAUGAAUUAAAAUGAAUUUAAAGAGGUUGAGGGGUGUCAUUAAUGAAUAUAAAGAUUAAUGCUACCUUAGUUAUCCUGGUGACAGUUGAGUGUUCUCUCAUAGACACCAGUAUAUUAUAUCAUUAUUAUCAACCGUUAUCAACUAAUACCAUAUAAUUUAUUAUGGUGGUAUAUUAGAUUCAAAAUUCUAACAUGCUAUCGUCUAAUUUCUAACUUCUAACUUCUAUUCAUGUAAUUUCUAACUUCUAUUCAUGUUAUUUCUAAAUUAAGACAAUGUAUAAUCCAACUUCUUUAUUUGUUCAGUGCAAAUUUUAAUUCUGUUUCAUCUUAUUGUCCCCCGCCUUUCGAAGAAAGCAGGGGACUAUUAAAAUGGGUUCGUCCGUCUGUCUGUCUGUCUGUCUGUCUGUCCGUCUGUCUGUCCGUCUGUCUGUCCGUCACACUUUUUGGGACACAAUAACUCUCUUCCUAAUUGAGCUAGAAUGUUCAAACUUGGUGUAUGUGUUUAUUAGGUCAAUGCCUUGAUGGAGUUCGAAGAUGAGCAUUUUCCGCUUAGGGUAAGCAGAGAUAAGCAAUUUGAUUGGUUGAUGCUUUGGGACACGAUAACUCUCUUCCUAAUUGGGCUAGAAUGUUCAAACUUGGUGUAUGUGUUGAUUAGGUCAAUGCCUUGAUGGAGUUCGAAGAUGAGCAUUUUCCGCUUAGGGUAAGCAGAGAUAAGCAAUUUGAUUGGUUGAUGCUUUGGGACACGAUAACUUUUAAUUGAGCUAGAAUGUUCAAACUUGGUGUAUGUGUUUAUUAGGUCAAUGCCUUGAUGGAGUUCGAAGAUGAGCAUUUUCCGCUUAGGGUAAGCAGAGAUAAGCAAUUUGAUUGGUUGAUACUUUGGGGCACGAUAACUCUCUUCCUAAUUGAGCUAGAAUGUUCAAACUUGGUGUAUGUGUUGAUUAGGUCAAUGCCUUGAUGGAGUUCGAAGAUGAGCAUUUUCAGCUUAGGGUAAGCAGAGAUAAGCAAUUUGAUUGGUUGAUGCUUUGGGACACGAUAACUUUAGUUCUAAUUAAGUGAGAUUGAUGAAACUUGGUGUAUAGUUUCAUUACAGUAAUACCUUGACUAAGUUUGAUAAUGAGCAUUUUCUGCUCAGGGUAAGCAGAGCGAUACGCAAUUUGAUUGGUCGAGACUUUGGAAAACAAUAACUCUCCUACUUUGAUUGUCCCCCGCCUUUCGAAGAAAGCAGGGAACUAUUAAAAUGGGUUCGUCCGUCUGUCUGUUUGUCUGUCUGUCCGUUCCGCUUAUGGUAAGCAGAGAUAAACAAUUUGAUUGGUUGAUCUUCGAAUUGAGUAAAUGUUCAUGCUUAUUGUCCCCCGCCUUUCGAAGAAAGCAGGGAACUAUUAAAAUGGGUUCGUCCGUCUGUCUGUUUGUCUGUCCGUUCCGCUUAGGGUAAGCAGAGAUAAACAAUUUGAUUGGUUGAUGCUUUGGGACACUAUAACUUUAGUUCUAAUUAAGUGAGAGUGAUGAAACUUGGUGUAUAGUUUCAUUACAGUAAUACCUUGACUAAGAUAGAUAAUGAGCAUUUUCUGCUCAGAUUAAGCAGAGCAAUAAGCAAUUUGAUUUGCUGAGACUUUGGAACACAAUAACUCUCUAAUUAUUUUCCUAUUUCGGCGGGGGACAUCAGCCUCACUGUUGGCUUGUUUCUAUUAUUAAGACGAAAAAUGUCUACUUUAUUUAAGCUUUACAUGUUAAUCGUGAACGGUGAUCAAAUUUAGAAUUUUGAUACUUCUACCUAGCAACCAUCAUUAUGCCGUGGUUUGGUGUCGCCACCGUGUGCUCAAUUUGGUGAUUGAGCACCUGAUCGUUACCAUUAUGUUGAUACAAACGAUUCUCUCUUCGUCAGGUUGAAUUGUUUGGCGGAGUGUUAAAAUUGAAAACAACAUCGAACGUGAUAUGGUUUGCAAAUACUAUUUCAAAUAUAAGCUAAACAGCAGUUGUUCAAUCAUUUUUAUUUUAUUUUUUUUAAAGACAAGUGCAGGAUUUGGUGAAUUUUAUUUGAUUUUUUUUUUUUUUUUUUUUACAGUUAAGUCAAUUCUUAUACUGCUCUAAAAAAAAUGUGUCUUUAUACUAUCCGAACGGCUAGCCACUGUCCGUGCCAGACCCCCGUCCUGUAUCAAUAACAAGGGAGGGAGAACCACGCCGGAAGAUAUCGGUUAUAUCAUAGAAAUAUAUAGAGGAUAUUUGUCGUUUUAGAGUGAAUAACAUAUUUUAUUUCAUCGAGAAGCAAGAAAACUUAUAUUUUCACGAAUGCGUAGCAUGAGUGAAAAUAUAAAAGUUUUCUUGCUUAGAGAUGAAAUAAAAUAUGUUAUUCACGACAAAACGACAAAUGUUCUAUUUAUUUUAUGAUUUUACAAUCACUUUAGGUAAAAACAACAUGGACUACUGCUAGCCAGUGGAAUAACAAUUUUAUUUCACUGAUAAAACGUGGUAUUCCACUACUGAUCAUAAAAUAAAUAUAUAUAUCUAUGGGUCAGCUAGUAUACACAUUGGCAAAACUAAGCUUUAUAAUAUUUCUGACAUUAUUAGUUCCAUCCCUGUGAUUUGUAGAGGCUGCCAUUAUUAUAGGCAGGGGCAGUGUUUAAUCGUUAGGAUUUGACGAAAACCCUUGGCAGUUGUAAUUUGUAAUAAAAGUAGACCGUGGCGCCGCUGUCCGGGCUAAAUUUCACCCAUGGCACACUGUAUGGCAUACGUCCAUCUUCAUUAGCCCAGUUGGUGUAGAAAAGUAGGACAAUAAAUCAAAUUUCAUUUUGGUUUAAUUUCGUCACGAACACCGCAAUCUAUGAAAAUCUGUAUCGCUUUAUGCAACUUGAAUAAAAUAUUGUUGGAAAAACACUACCAUAAAGUUAGUCAGGUCGGUAUAAUGAAGGAAUAUCAGAAAUAACAACUUCAUCGCUAUCCACAUGAACAGAUUAACCCGGUCUCCUUUAAAGGCCGCUUCAUCCCCACAAUAUAGGAUUUCUAAAUUUAUAUCUUUGAAACAUUGCAAGAAAAAGUUUAUCAUUAUAAAGUGACAUUUUUGUUAAAGCAGUAAUAGAAUACAGAUCAACAGUAUAUAAAUAUUAAUAUUGGCUUAACUGUAAAAAAAAUCAUAUAAAAUUCUCCAAAUCCUUCACUUGUCUUUAAAAAAAAAAAAUGAAAAAAAUUUUGUUUAGUUUAUAUUUGAAAUAGUAUUUGAAACCAUAUCACGUUUGAUGUUGUUUACAAUCUCAGCAUCAAUUCCCUGGUUGUACGGGACACAGAGUAGGGUCGCUUGUCCAACCUCGUAGGUUUUCUCCGGGUCCUCCAGUUUCCUCCCACUGCUAGACCCAUAUGUUAGUCCCGAAAUGACCUAGUCUCUGUCUAAAUUUCAGCACUCAGGCGAACCAUCAACCAGUUGAAGAGCGAGUCGUUUAUAUCAACAUAAAGGUGACAAGGAGUAGGGUCGCCUGUCCAACCUCGUGGGUUUUCUCCGGGUCCUCCGGUUUCCUCCCACUGCUAAAGACCCCUACGUUAGUCCCGAAAUGACCUAGUUUGUGUCGAGUGAAUGUUAAACCCCAUUUCUCUCUCUAUAUAUAUAUCAACAUAAUGGUCCCGAGCAGGUGUGCAUUCACCAAAUGAGCAUGCAGUGCAUGGCGACACCAAACGACUUCAUAAUGAUGAUUGCUAGGCAGAAGUGUAAAAAUUCUAAAUUUGAAAUGUUCAUGCUAAACGUGUAAAGCAUCAAUGAAGAAAACGUUUUUUGUCUAAAUAAUAGAAAUAAGAAGAAAUAGAAUUAAAAUUUACAUGCAACUGAACAAAUAAAGAAGUUGUAUUAUACAUUGUCUUAAUUUAAAAGUUACAUGAAUAGAAGUUAAAAAUUACAUGAAUAGAAGUUAAAAAUUACAUGAACAGAAGUUAGAAAUUAGACAAUAGCACGUUAGAAUUUUUAAUCUAAUAUAGCGCCAUAAUUUAUCACUGUUGAUUAUUUUGUUGUUUUGAGGGGUGUUAAGUUUACAAUACCAUCAAUUUAUGGACUAACUACACUAUACUGUUAGAUUGUUACAGAAAAAUACAUUUCUGUUUCUCACAAAUUCUGUGCCAUAAAAUCUUAUGCAUGAUAUAAAAACAGGGCAACCUGAUUGCAAAACAUCUGGCUUGAUUGUGUAAACAUAAUAGCAAGUCAUCUUUUUAGUUGAAGGCUUCAAGAUGUUGUUAGUAGAAUGUUAAAAAUUGAAAAAAAAAACUACGUAAAUGGACUUGAUAGACUUGAAAACCAUAUUGCUUGCCAUUAGAUUGAAACAAAGGAAGUUCCUUGGCUAGUUGACAUGUAGAUGAAGUCCUAACUUUAUUUUGAAGUCCAAUUUACUUUUUGAAAAUCCUUGUACGAAUAACUGCCAAGAGAUAUUUUUGUAAAGCAAGGUAAUAAAAUAUCAGUGAUUAAAAAAAAAAAACUUACAAAGUUUAUGUAUAUGUUUAAUAAUAAAUUUAAUGCUUGUAUAUUUUAAAGUAUUUACAAAAAUAUGUAAAGAAAAAGAAUUCUCCUUUCUCAUAUUGUAUUAUUAGUGGAAUUCCACUGAUUUUGGUAUUAGUAUAUGAUUUUUAUAGAGUAUAAAAAGUAUGAGAAUUUGUAUAAUGUUCUAAUUAUCAUAUCAUAAUUUAUCAUUUGUGUAUAUUUGUAUUAUAUGUGAUAAAGACACCUGUUUUAGCAGCAAUCAUUUAAUUUAUCAAUAACGAAAAAUUCACAUUUUACUUGAGUUUUGGGGAUUGUUUUUACCCCUAGAUGGUUAUAAGCAGUAUUUAGCUUCCUUUGAUAAACUUUUACAUUUAGUUAUAUACAUCUAUAUGAAGGGUUUAUUGUAGAACACAGUAUGUCCAUUUCGGCAUAUACAACACUCUGAUAUCAAGUGGAGCUGCAUUUUUUUUAGUUCAGUGAGUAAGGUGCUGGCUCGCUAACCUGGAGGGCGGGUUAAAUCCAUGUGUUGGGAUCUUCCAGAGUGGUCUCGCCUUUGUCUGGCACAGACGACGAUCAGUGUGUAGUCGUUCAGAUGUGAUAAAUAAAAAAACCCAGGUCCGGUGUACCCAUGGACAUACACUUAAAAGAACCCUUGACAUUUGGAAUUUCGAAAUAUGAGUAGGCUGUAGUGCUGCUGUCCGGGUAAAAUUUCCCUCAUAGCACACUGAAUGGUGUAGCCUAUGGCCAUCUUUAUUAGUCCAGAUGGAGCAGAAAAGUAGGUGGUUAAACCAUUUCAUUUCUUAACUUGGGAUGGUUGAUUCCAUUUGUCUAACUGUGUUAUGGACAGAAACUAGCAUAGCUAAAGUCUUAUAUCAAGUGUGCAACUAUCUCAUUUUUGGCAUAAAUGGUGAUUAAUACUGCAUUUUGCAUUUAAGCUCUUCAUAUAUAGAUCUAAAAGAAAUUUGCAAAAAUGUGUGCAAAUUAAAAGAUGUCAAAAACAAAAAAAAUUGAAAUUGCAAUAACUUUUUUUAGAUUUAUACUUUAGGUAUAUUACAUUAAUUAUAUUUAUGAUUAUUCAGAAUAUAGAAUAAAGGUUUGUGCUUAAAUUGUAUUAAUAUGGACUAUUUAUAUUUUCUUUAUUUGCCCAGUUAGAGCAAUAUAUAUUAUUUAAGGUUUUAGCUUUUUGCUUAGUUGUAAAAAUUUUCUGCUUAUUUUUAUCAGAAUAUAUUAGUAUAUUAACUUUAAUUGUACAUUAAAUUAUGCACAUAUAAAAUAACCUGCUAUUGUUGUUGAAUUUUUACAUAAGGAAAAAGUGGUAUUAUUAUUAUUAUUGCAUAAUUAUUAUAAUAUAAAACAAUAGAAUAAUAUAUAGGAUAUAUCGAAUUAUUACUAACUAAUAUGGUAGAGCAAUGCUGUUAAUGAAUAUCAGUCAUUUCUUGAAAAUGAAUUUUAUGAUACGUUGAGAAACUUCUUAAUCCAUAGACUAUUAAAAAAGUGCUAAAUCUUGUAUACAAUAUAUUGUUUUUAUAGAUAAAUAUAGAUUACUGAAUACUGUUACAACAAUGUGAUAUAGAGUAUAGAUAAUAUUGUUACUUGUAAAUGUACAUUUAAUUUUAUAUUUUGGAAAAUUAUUGUGAAAUCAAUUUAUUACAAUACAAAAUAAGAGUUUAUAAAACUGUUAUAUACUCAGUCUCAAUGAAAACGCACCACUGCUAUACAUGAAUGAUUGAGAAUCUUGUUUGAGAGCUACAUUUUAAUCUUGCAAUUCUUAAUGUACACAACAUCCAAUCAUGAUGACAAACCAUGAAAAUGGUGUUUUCACAUGCUGUUUCGCCAGUAUAUGCAGACAUAUCCAACGUGAGUCUGCAAACUUUGAACCAGGAAUAUGCACCACAGAUAUUUCUCUCAAACACAAAAAAUUGAAUAUCAUCAUUUUGUGUAGCAUCGAGUAUAGACUGUUGAUUUUAUAAAAAAAACUAGUGUCAAUUAAACUCCUACAGUUCUGUUCUUUGGAAGAUGCAAUGAUAUGCCAAGGUUGUCACUUAAACACAGAGAACCUGUCAUUUCGUUAAUGCAUACCUCCACAAUAUCAUCCUGCAACUGGCCAGUCGUUUCCAGCAGACACGGUACACUAGAGAUCAGCAAUACCUCAACAAGACUGGCACAUUAUCCAGGAACAUCUGCAGGAUUUCAUGCUGCCAGCUCCCCAUACUGCUGCUAUUGUGAGUAAUACACAUUGUUUCAUCAGUGCUGAUGCUGUUUGUCACUGUAAAAUAAAGUUGUGAUGGCCUUCCAGUGUUUUGUUGUGUCAGUAAAUGUCCAGCCUACAAUCAUGUUCUUAAAUCAGCUGAUUUAUUUCUCGCCAGUACCUCCAGUCAAGUCAGUGGUGUGUUUUCAUUGCAUCUCAGUACAUUUUGUUGCAGGGGGUUGAUUAUAGAAUUAAGUAGAGCUGGGCUCUUCCUUAAAGAUUAAAAAUACACAAAUUUUGUCUAAUAUAUAAAUGCCACGUAUUGUUACAGGCAUAGAAUAGGAUAAAUUAACAGACAUAUAUUUGUACGAGAAAAAUAUAUAUAUAUAUAUAUAUAUAUAUAUAUAUAUAUUAAUCUGAAAUAUACAUAGUAAGCCCUAAAAUACAGUUCAGUUCAUUAUUAUAAUAAUACAGAUGGCGUCCGUCUUACAGGAGAUUCUAAAGUGAUAAUAAUAAUAUGCAUUAUUAUUGCAUAAUUAUAGUAUAUGAUACAUACUGAUAUUAUGUAGGUCAGCUUAUGAAUUGGUAUAAUGUAUCAUAAGUACAUAUAUAAUUAGCUAACACUAGUCAGUAGAGCCAGUUAAAAAGUGGCUAAUAUCCUAAAUGCUUUAAAGAGCAACACCAAUUGUAUCUAUCCCUCUUAGAACUAAAUUCAUACUAGUCUUCAAAAUAUCUUUUCUAUACGCUCACAUUGAAAUCUGGUUGUAUAUUGUCAUGAUCCCCAUCGGUCUGUGCACAAUUACUUGUGGUUGUCCUAUAGACUAAAAUAAUCAUUCAGUUGACUUUAAAUUUAUACACAGUGUUUAUGUUCAUGAUAGGAAGAUUCUUAUUGAUUUUCAAAAUUUCCAAUUUGAAGAAUUUUGUGGACGAUCUAGAUUGAUAUUUAUAUGCAGUAUUUGUGUUCAUAAAAUUUAUUAUUUUAUUGAUUUUCAACCUUUUCCAAUAAUUACUGUCAGAGUUACAACCCUUGAAUAAUAUGGAAAAUCUUAUAGUCACUCUCGUGGCUAAAGUUUUUAUCAGAUUGAUACCUAGUGUUUAGUUCAUUCAACAAAUUUUCAAUGAUUACCAAUAAAUUAAUCAGUUUGAAAAUUUUUAUGGAAGCUCCAAAGACUAAAGAUAUCAUCCCGUUUAUUUGAAAUUUAUAUGCAGUGUAUAUGUUGAUUAGAUGAAGAAGUAUAUUGAUUAUCCUAUGACUGUCGGUACAUAUUUUGUAUAAUAUAUGUUAGCCCUUGGAAAAACUAAAAGCCUAUCAAAUUUUAAUUUUUUCUGAUAUUAAUUUUAUGGAUUGUUACUUUUGACCAUUACCUGCGAAAAACAUAAAUAUGUGAAAACUGCUUGGAUGACUUAGCUGCUGUGGGUGUAUGUUUCCUUGCCUGGCAAUCUACCUUUAUUCAUCUUUAGAAAUGACAGUAAAAGAGUCUUCAGUAGUUUUAGUUUUAUUAAGCUCCUGUCUUCUUUAGCAUGUUUGAUGUUAAACUCAAUUUCGUUAAAUUUCUAUUCCACUCUAUCAUUACAAAAUAAAUAGUACUAGUAGUCCAGACCUGUAUCCUGUGGGGAGGGUUGGGUCAGCCCCAGUACUUUACAAUGAAUCUAAUUUUCAGCAUCUCUAGCAUUAAAAGUGUCAAAAAAUUAGAAAGUUGUUGGACUCCAAGCUUCCUUUCUUGUGGCCUACAGUUUGCAACUACCCCAUUCCAAAAUUUGUGCUCCCUUCUCCCAAUCCACUUCAGCUGUUUACAGUCCAGUAUUAUUUGAUAACUUCAGUUUAAUUCAUCUCUAUCUUUGCAAACAGAAUAGUAAUCUUCAAUAAUAUUUUUUGUAUUCAUCUCUAGAAUUGCAAAUAAGAAAGAAUUUUUCAAUUAACAUUGAUCUCUAUUUUUUCUGAUGCAAUGUUUAAUAAUAGAAGUUUAAUAAUAAUAUCAGAAUAUCAACUAGCUGGUAAUCUUCAAUAUCAGUAUAUAUUUAUAUAUAUAAAAAAUAAUAAUGACUAUUUACUUUUAACUCCGAUUUACAUAUUAUAUUUUAUAGGUAUUAUGAGCAGCUUUUAAAGCAAAACAAAUUUCAACCUAAAAAUCCAAUUAUGCUCAAAAUCAUCAUGACAUUUUACCUUAAUUGGAUUAUAUACAUUACAUAUUAUAUCACUAAUUAUAGUAUUUAUGUAUUCUGUAAUUUAGUUCAACAACAUUUAUUUUUUAAGCUUAUUAAUUUGCAAUCUUAAGUAACAUCAGAUGUCAAUUAUGUGUCAUUUAUUCUUUUAUGUUGCACUACAUUGACAUCUGACAUAUUUCAGAUCACACGAAUUUACUGAUCAAUCAAAUUGUCUGUAUCUGUAUACAGGGCUUUGUUUUAUUGUGAAUUAUGAAAAUUUUAGAACUCAGUGCUGUUGUGUAUCUGCUGGGGUUAUAGUAUGACUAGUUGUUAGACAUUUCCUGUGACUGGCAGAACACUGUGAUGAUGAAAAGUAGGUUAGAUUACAAUGUAGUGUAAAAGUCUAACAAAAUAAUAUAAUGUGAUUGAUUAAUAUGCAAAUAAUAAUAUAAAAGUCAAGUCUUAAUGAGCCAAUAUUCUCAAUUAUGUAACUUCUUCCUUUUAUGAAAGGAUUUUUAUUCAGAUUGAUAAUUAUUCAGCAAAACAAUAUAAUUGAUUGAUUAGCCAAUGAAAAAAAGAUUACCUCAGAUUUGUGCAAAGGUCAUAGUUAAAUAUAAUUGAAAUUAAAAGUACCCGUACAUUAAAUAAAAUGCUUGUCUUUUGUGAUAAGUGAUCAAAUAAUAGAUCACAUGUAAAAAUAUGUUCUUAAUUAUGUUAUUUCUAAUAAAUGCCAAGUAAUGAUCUCAGUGUAGUGAUUUUCAAACUUUAUUCUCAAAAUCAUAAAAGUGCUACAACCCAUGUGGGUUUUCCAUGACGCCAAGCCUAUUUAUUAGCCCUGGUAUACCUUGAUUUCUUUGUAACAAAAUAUAUUUAGCAUAAGUAGUGAAAAAAGGGAGUGAUUUUUUAUGGUGUGAACAAAAUUCCAGAAAAAUAUUUAUUGUCCCCCGCCUUUCGAAGAAAGCAGGGCACUAUUAAAAUGGGUUAGUCUGUCUGUCCGUCACACAUUUUGGGACACAAUAACUCUCCUUCUAAUUGAGCUAGAAUGUUCAAACUUGGUGUAGGUGUUUAUUAGGUCAAUGCCUUGAUGGAGUUUGAAAAUGAGCAUUUUCUGCUUCGGGUAAGCAGAGAUAAGCAAUUUGAUUGGUUGAUGCUUUGGGAAACAAUAACUUUAGUUCUAAUUAAGUGAGAGUGGUGAAAUUUGGUGUAUAGUUUUGUUACAUCAAUACCUUGACUAUGUUCGAUAUUGAGCAUUUUCUGUUUAGGGUAAGCAGAGCAAUAAGCAAUUUGAUUGGCCGAGACGUUGGAACACAAUUGAGCGAGAAUGUUCACACUUGGCGUAGGUGUUUAUUAGGUGAAUGCCUUGAUCUAGUUCGAUGAUAAACAUUGUCUGCUUACGGUAAGCAGAGAUAAGCAAUCUGAUUGGUUGAUGCUUUGGGGCAUGAUAACUUUAGUUAUAAUUAAGUUAAGUGAGAGUGAUGAAACUUCGAGUAUAUAUUCAUUAUAUCAUUACCUUGACUAAGUUCAAUGAUGAGAAUUUUCUGCUUAGGCCAAGGAGAGAUAAGCAAUUUGAUUGGCCAAGACUUUGGAAUGUAACAACUCUGCUUUUAGUUGAGGUAGAAUGUUUAAACUUGAUGUAGAUGUUCAUUAGGUGAAUGUCUUGACCGAGUUCAAUGAUUAACAUUUCGAGCUAAAGCUAAGCAGAGCUAAGCAAUUUCAUUGGUCCAUGCUUUAGGACACGAUAACUUUGAUUCUAUCUGAUAGAGAGUUAUGAAAUUUAGUGUAUAGUUGAUAAUCAGUUUUAUUGCUUGAUACUUUUGAAAAAAAUAAAUGUGCGAUAAAUUAAAUGUGUCAUCUAUUUAUUUUGGGAUUUUGGCGGGACAUCAGCCUCACUGUUGGCUUGUAUUUUGUUGGUAGGGAGUCUACAGAAAGUGGCAUUCUCACCAAUCCAGAUGAUUUUUAACGGAAUAGACCUAAGAAUUUGCAAGCUUAAAGUUGAAAAAACUGAUGUUGUGCCAUCAUACAAUGCACAUUUAGCAAUUACAGUCUCAAAUUAAAGACUGCCACUAAAUAUUCAAAAGGCAGCAAUUGUUUAAGGCACAAUUUGAGUACAAGGCUUGUAAAUUGAAUACAGUACAUGUAUCCUAACCCAGGAAUUUUGGCAUCUUGUGCAAUUUAUCUUUCAACUCUUGCAUCCCCAAGAGAAACGGGUUCACUCACAUGAUGCUAAAAGAACAGCCAAUUCUAUUUUUUGUGAAAGUCAAAGUGGGCCAUAAGAUCUGAUGUGGUAAUUUAUUGUAUUACUAUAUUAGGAUAUCUCUCUACAUUACAAUUUAAGCCAUUGUUGAGGUAUAAGUCAAGGAUAUAUUUCCUCCAUGGUGUGGUCCUAAUUACAUAACUGAUUGGAGAGCAUAUCAGACCAGAAUCAUUAUUUAGUUUUUUUAAUGAGAACAAUUUUGCAUAUAUUCUUAUGGAUUUAAAAAAAAAAAACACUUUGAAUUAGGAAUUGUGCAUGGUUUCGUAAAAUACAAAAUUAAAAUUUCAGUAAAGUAAAAGCAUAAAAUCCUUUUAUUUUGCCAUUUUUAGGUGAUCUGUUACGAAGUAAAUAAAGAUUUUUUAAAAAAAUCAAAGUGAAAAUUUUAAUAUGCCAAAUUUCGUACUGCAAUAUAUCAUGCAUGCACUCAUAGAUAUCCACUGAAAUCUUAUCCCAAAUAGCACAUCAGUUCUUUACAUUGAAAUAUUGCACUGUUUUGUCGACGUGAGCUGGUAAAUAUGUAAUUGUUUAAGAAGCAGUAUGUUUUUGUUUUGUUGUGCCUUUUGUCCAAUGUUUUGGCCAUACAGAACCCAUCGCUUGCCACAGGUAUUUUUGUAUGAAAUUGUAAAUAAAAUCAACCUGAAUGAAAA